AUGCAAAUUAAAGUACCACAGACAACCUGGGCCUACCUGACAGGUUUUUUAAUUGCUGUUGCUUAUCUUGUGGUUUUGGAUGCUCAAUUAAUUCAAGGAAGUGAAUCAACAUUUGUAAAUUGGAUCCCAACAAUAAUUUGCGCUAUUGGGUUUAUACUGGUGAAUGUUGUUCCAAAAGAUAAUUUAUUUUUGGAUUCCGAUCAUGAACAUGAUGUCAAAGUAGUUUACUUUGCUAGGGCAUGGUUAUUCUUUGGAUUAUUUAUUGUUUUUGGAGGUGUUAUUAGUGGAUCAGUUAUUAUGAUUGUUGAUCUUGUUGACGUCAAUAAGAAAAUGGCUUGGUGUGCAGUUGCUCCAUUCUUACAUUCCUUGUUUGCUUGUAUUGCAACCUUUAUCUUUUUCGUUGGAAGAGUUUUCGGAAAGAAGCUGCGUUGUGGUGAAUCAGAUGAAGAUUUUUCAUAUUAA